UGGCGCGAAAUUAUGACAGUUUCAGCAGAUCUUAAAAAUGUCAAUGAUGUAUUUGACCUAAGGUGGAUGUUUAUUUAUUUCAUAAAAUAUUAACAAAAUCAUGGUUUUACAAAAUACGGGAAAGUAUAGAGCAGACAGGGAGGAAUCCAAUAGAAAGGAUGCUGGUUCGUCCAAUGGACCCAGAGAGGAAUCUUCGGAGUCUCGCAUCCGUGUGGCUCUGGAGAAUGACAGGAUCGACUCGAAGUACGGUUUCGACAGAGUUCGUGAUGUUAAAGAGCGCACUGGCUAUUUGAUUAACAUGCAUACAGCUGAAAUUCUAGAUGAGGAUAAAAGAUUAGUAGCUGCAAUGGAUUACUACUUCAUAGAAAUGGAUGGGUCUCGUUUCAAGAUAUCUCUGACCUUCCAGCCGUACUUCUUAAUCCUGGCCCGCAAGGAGUGUGAGCAGGAAGUCAUACAAUUCCUUUCUAAGAGAUUUACAGGAACUGUACACAAAAUAACUGUUAUUGAGAAAGAAGAUUUGGAUCUGUUAAACCACUUAUCUGGCUUGAAGCAGCGCUACAUAAAACUUUCAUUCAUGUCACAAAACGAAAUGAUGAAAGUUCGAAGAGAAAUAUUAACAGCUGUGAAUAAAAAUAAAGAAAGAGAAAAGAAAGAUCAGAUUUAUGCCGAGAUGUUAACGAAUGCUUUGACUAGUGCGGCGGCCAUUGAACAUGCUAAGAAAACUACUGAUCAUAUGGAGAACAUUCUAGAUAUCAGAGAACACGACGUCCCAUACCAUGUCAGAGUAUCAAUAGACAUGCAAAUCUUUUGCGGUACCUGGUAUACGGUCAAGAGCCGAGGGACAGAAAUACCAAUAUUCACAAAACGGGAUGACAUUAUAGAGAGACCAGAUCCAAUAGUUUUGGCUUUUGACAUAGAAACAACAAAACUGCCAUUGAAGUUUCCGGAUUCCCAGACAGAUCAGAUUAUGAUGAUAUCGUACAUGAUCGAUGGUCAAGGAUAUUUGAUUACUAAUAGAGAGAUCAUUUCAGUAGAUGUUGAAGAUUUUGAGUAUACUCCUAAACCGGAGUUUGAGGGGCAAUUUAUAGUAUUCAAUGAAGAAAAUGAGUUGGCUCUCAUCCAAAAGUUCUUCGAUCACAUAAUGGAUGUCAAACCACAUAUCUUCGUAACUUACAAUGGUGACUUCUUCGAUUGGCCGUUCGUGGAAGCGCGCGCGGCGGUACUCGGUCUGGAUAUGAAACAAGAAAUAGGAUUUAGUAAAAUAGCGGCAAGAGAUGGAACAUACGCUUGUCGACCUGCUAUGCAUAUGGAUUGUUUGUGUUGGGUAAAGAGAGAUUCGUACCUGCCAGUGGGGUCACAAGGCUUGAAAGCCGUGGCUAAAGCAAAGUUAAGAUAUGAUCCCGUGGAGUUAGAUCCCGAAGAAAUGUGCAGGAUGGCGGCAGAACAACCUCAGGUGCUGUCAAACUAUUCAGUAUCAGACGCAGUGGCUACAUACUACUUGUACAUGAAAUAUGUCCAUCCCUUCAUAUUUGCGCUCUGUACUAUCAUUCCUUUGGAACCUGAUGAGGUACUUCGCAAGGGAUCUGGCACGCUUUGCGAGUCUCUACUAAUGGUGCAAGCGUUCCACGCAAACAUAGUGUUUCCUAACAAACAAGUUGAGGAGCUAAACAAACUGACUAACGAUGGACAUGUAUUGGAGACUGAGACCUAUGUAGGGGGACACGUGGAGGCACUCGAAUCUGGCGUAUUCAGAGCAGAUAUUAAAUGCAAGUUUAAAAUAGUUCCAUCAGCGGUAGACAAACUGAUGGAAACUACUGAGAAAACAAUGAAACACGCCAUUGAAGUUGAGGAGGGGAUCCCAUUGGAUUUGGUGACGAAUUUCGAUGAAGUCUGUGCAGAAAUAAAGGCCAAGUUGCAACAUAUGAAGGAUCAUCCCAGGAGAGAUGAAAAUCCUUUGAUUUAUCACUUGGAUGUCGGCGCCAUGUAUCCUAAUAUUAUUUUGACUAACAGGUUGCAGCCGUCAGCGAUGGUGAACACAGGCAUAUGUGCGGUGUGCGACUACAACCGACCCGGCGCGGACUGUCAGAGGCAUAUGGAGUGGAUGUGGCGAGGAGACUACUGUGAGACAAGAUCUUUAUUGCUAGCGGCGUAUGAGAAGAAGCGUCUAGCAGACUACUGCAGAGUGGCGUACAAGAAGACGAAGGUCACAAGGACAGAAGUCAGAACCACUACUAUUUGUCAGAAAGAGAAUUCAUUCUACGUCGACACUGUAAGAGCUUUCAGGGAUCGUCGUUACGAGUACAAAGCUUUGAACAAGCAAGCUAAGGCGAAGGUAGCGGAGGCGGUGGCGAGCGGCGACGCGGCAGAGAUCAAGUCUGCCAAGAGUCGGGAAGUACUCUACGACUCGCUACAACUCGCACACAAGUGUAUCUUGAACUCUUUCUAUGGAUAUGUCAUGAGGAGGGGAGCUCGCUGGCACAGCAUGGAGAUGGCCGGCAUAGUGUGCUACACCGGCGCCAACAUCAUCAUGAAGGCGAGGGAAAUCAUCGAACAAGUAGGAAGACCGUUGGAAUUGGAUACUGACGGUAUUUGGUGUAUCCUGCCGUCAUCGUUUCCUGAGAACGUGACGGUACUAACAACGCAUGCGAAGAAGAAGAAAAUCAACGUGUCCUUCCCAAACGCGGUACUCAACGCUAUGGUCAAAGACCACUUCACGAACGACCAGUACUUCGAACUAGUGGAUCCUGUGGAGAAGAAAUAUGAACAAAGGGCAGAAAACUCUAUUUUCUUUGAAGUGGAUGGACCAUACUUGGCUAUGGUGUUGCCAGCUUCUAAAGAAGAAGGCAAGAAGCUGAAGAAAAGAUAUGCCGUUUUCAACUUUGACGGAUCAUUGGCCGAAUUAAAAGGUUUCGAAGUAAAACGCCGUGGAGAACUACAACUGAUCAAGAUCUUCCAAUCAUCAGUGUUCGAAGCCUUUCUAAAGGGGAAUGACUUAAAAUCCUGCUACAGUGCAGUCGCUAAAGUAGCCGACUAUUGGCUAGACGUACUAUACAGUAAAGGCAGCAACAUGCCUGACUCGGAACUCUUCGAGCUGAUCUCUGAGAACAGAUCCAUGUCCAAAAAGCUUGAGGACUAUGGAGGUCAGAAGUCGACUUCUAUCUCCACCGCUAAAAGAUUGGCUGAGUUCCUCGGUGAUCAGAUGGUUAAAGAUGCUGGGUUGGCUUGCAGGUUCAUAAUAUCAAAAAAGCCCGAAGGUGCUCCGGUAACCGAGCGAGCGAUACCCCUGGCCAUCUUCCAGUCUCCAGCAGGAGUGAAGAGACACCACCUUCGAAGGUGGCUGAAGGACAAUAGCAUCACGGAGGAUAUAGACAUCAGGGACGUACUGGACUGGGGCUACUAUAUAGAGAGGCUCAGCGGCGCCAUACAGAAGAUUAUUACUAUACCAGCCGCUAUGCAAGGCUUAGACAACCCAGUACCUCGCUGCCAGUACCCAGACUGGCUCCACAAGAAGAUGUUGGCCAAAACUGACAAGUUCAAGACUAGGAAGAUCACUGACAUGUUCAGCGUCCAGCCUAAACAGGUCAAGGAUGCGGCUGAUGAUGAAGAGGAACCGUCUACCAGUGCUGAUGGGAAUACGGCUAUAGAUGUAGACAUUGAAGAUAUAGGAACGAACAGCAGUGCAAAGGAUAAUACAGUUCGUCCAAUAGUGCACACGGUGAAAAGGAAACGCGAGGAGUCACCGGUUAAGGAAGCACAGAACUGGAGGGAGGCGUUGGGACCACCACCUCCUUUUGGUAGUACUAAGGCUGAACGAAGGGCAUGGAUAUUGUUCCAAAAGAAGAAAUGGCUGUGGCAAAUGGAACAGCGUGGUCUUCGGAACCGCAAUAAGAGAGGUAAACUGGACAAGGAUAUGAUGCCGCCCCCAAAGGCCGGUCCAGCGACUACGCUAGGCGGGUUCAUUAGGAGAGCACAACGUACGUUGCUCAAUACACCCUGGCAAAUAAUACAGGUAGUAGAAACAGCAGAGCCCGGUCUAUUCAAAGUAUGGGCGCUAGUAGGCACGGAGUUACACCAGAUCAAGUUGACAGUGCCUCGUAUAUUCUACGUCAACCAGCGCGUCAGUCGGGCGACAGACAGCGGCCAGUACUGGCGCAAGUGUAACAGAAUACUGCCGCGAGCACACCCUGUAUUGCAUCUGUACCAGUACACCGUGCCUGAGAACGUGUAUAGAGAACAUCAGGAAAAGCUAACAUCCGAACUAUGUGCUCCAGAAAUCGAAGGUAUAUACGAAACGCAAAUGAGUCUUGAAUUCAGAGUACUCGUCCAACUCGGCUGUAUAUGCACUGUGGAUCCUCAAGAAGCUAGAAAGAUGAUACAAUUUGGUUCGAAUAACAUGGAUUCGUUUUCACUAAGUCAGCUUCAGUUCAAAAGCGUGGGUCUACAACCGUAUUUACAAAAACAGGACGGUGUGCCCCCAGUAAAACAUAUUUACUUAUACCAACACUCGGCUUUGAACUCGUCGCGCAGCAUGUGGGCACUAAUACUACCGCCAGUGAAGCGAGCCUACAUAUACGUACUGGAUACUGUCAAAACCAACCAAGUUCCUAACAUGAGCACUCUGUACCUAGCUGAGAGGACUGCCAAAAUUAAUCUAGGAACAGAAGAAUCAUCCCUCCCCGGCUCUGAGUUGACGUGGGAAGUAGUAGUAGAAACAGAAGCGCGAGCAGUGAGCCGUCACUUACAGCGCGCGCUACAGCGGUACAAGGACGAGCGUUGUGGUCCCACCAUACUGGCUAUACAGGCUACGCUAGCGUCGCAUCUACUCAUGCAACUUAUGCCAGGUUUAUCAGACUUCCCCAUCGUCCCGAUCCACGUGCGCGACGUAGAAACAUUGUACAGUGCACUGGAGUGGCAACGUAUCGGGGCGCGCGCCAUCAUUAGACACUAUCUGGGACUCGAGGCUGUACUACAACUCACUAUAGAACAAUGCAGGUACUUCCACGUGCCCAUAGGCAAUAUGCCGGCGGAUCCCACCUUAUUUGGCGCAGACUUAUUCUACGCGCGACAGCUCAUCAAACACAACUUCGUGCUCUGGUGCUCCAAUAGAGAUCUGCCGGACCUUGGGGGGCGAGAGACUGAUGAUAACAGAUUGGUAAGCGAAGUGGAGGAAUUAUCAGGGUGUGCGCACAAAUGUAGUGGCGCGUAUAACUCGGUGUGCGUGUCGCUGGGGACCGACGCACUGGCCGUGUGCGCGCUGCUACAGGCCGGCGCCGUCCUCGUCAACGAGGGGACCUCGCUCUCCACCGCCUUCGGGGCGCAGCAUACUUCCAUACAGGACGCUAUUAAUCAUGCUGGACCGAACGCAACGAUGACAUACGACGAAACAGCGCAGUGCAGCGCAGCGUUCAAGAUCCUCCGCACUAUGAUAGCGUCGUGGCUGCGUGACGUCACACAGUACAAGAACGUCUUCGCUGACUUCCAGAUAUCACACUUUUACAGAUGGCUAAAGACUCCCUCCUCUUUACUCUACGACCCGGCCCUCCGCCGCACUCUGUACAACCUGAUGAAGAAGCUGUUCCUCAUGCUGGUAGCGGAGUUCAAGAGACUCGGCUCACACAUCGUCUAUGCAGAUUUCAACAAAAUCAUUAUUUGUACUAAGAAGAACACUGUUAUGGAUGGGAUUGGUUACGUAGAGUUUGUGGUACAGAGCAUUCGCAACAAGGAGUUGUUCCACGGCAUCGACAUACAGUACAAGCAGUGCUGGUCAUAUCUACUGUGGCUCGACGAGGCCAACUAUGCGGGGAUACAGGUACAAUUAAUAGCCUCAUUAGAAAGUUAUGGCUUGAACAAAAACGAGCCGUCCUCUUGUGAAGACGCAAUAACAAUGCAUUGGAACCUAGCGAACUUCCUCCCGGCCCCAGUACGGGAGCCGUUCGCGGCCGCGGUGGCUGGCUUCCUCAGCGCUGCAUACUCGCAACCGAAGGAACUACCCGCCUUACUACGAGGGGAGAUCUCACAGAAACUGUUUCAAGUAACAGAAAAAAUAAACACACGCUACCCGUUACUCCGUCCGUCUGACAUCGGUCCACAGCCGGGACUGAAGCCGGACGCCUUCACAGACGAGUCCAAGCCCGCACUACUCUAUGUGAAUGCGAUCUGCAAAGUUUUCUCACUUGAUAACACGUUGGAUGAAGAGGUAACACUUCUCCGCCGCAAUCUACUACGUCUGAUAGGCGUGGGUGAGUUCAGUAGCAGCGCGGAGUGGCGCGAGGCGUGCUCGUCGUGUGUACUCACCGAGGUCAUCUGUAACGUGUGCAACCACUGCCGGGACCUCGACCUCUGCAGGGACACCAACACUGCUACACUCAAUGAUGUACCCGUGUGCCUGUGCCCCACAUGUGGCACUCCUUACGAGAAUCAGGAGCUAGAAUGGCGACUCGUCGAGAUUAUGAACAGACGAAUUAUGUCAUAUAGUCUGCAAGAUUUAAUAUGUAAACGAUGUCAUCAGGUAAAACGCGAGGACAUGACAACGGUAUGCGAGUGUGCUGGCGAGUUUGCUCUGAUGGUGCCCACAAAGGAGGUCCAAUCCCAAAUCCAUACCUUCAAGACAAUAGCGGAGUACUACAAGAUGCCUCUACUCUCAAAACUGAUUGAAUACCACCUUAGUAACACGUGAUAUUAAGUAAUUUGUAUUAUUAAUGUAUAAUAAUUAUGUUUAAGUCUGAUUAA